CUGCCCCCCCGCCAUGUCGGAGGAGAAGCCCCGGUUUUCCGUCCAGGAAGGCGUGAAAACGGAGAACGAGCACAUCGACCUGAAAGUGGCCGGGCAGGACGGCUCCGUGGUGCGUUUCAGAAUAAAGCCGCACGCUCCGCUGAGCAAGCUCAUGAAGGCGUACUGCUGCCGACAGGGCUUGUCAGUGAAGCACUUUAUGUUCCUGUUUGAUGGACAGCCCAUUAAAGAAGCAGACACACCUGCACAGCUGGAGAUGGAACACGAGGACACGAUCGAAGUGUACCAGCAGCAGACAGGUGGAGGGUGCUAAGACACAGCAUCUUUUGGAGAACAGUUUGAGGAUCCUCAUCACACCUCACUCUCUCGUGUGUCCUUGGAUUUGCUGUUCUAUUAGGGAACAAAUGAACAUGCCAAUCACACAGGGUUCUUUGAAACUUCACAGGAUAUUUACCAAAGUAGCUUGUUGCCUUUGACAUUCUGAGUGCACAAGUCAAAAUAGUAUCUGCAGGGAUUGAGCUGUGUCUGAAUUUAACCAUUUUAAGUUCAGAUUAAAUAAUGUGUGUUGUCUCUCUGUUGUUAGCCUUUAAAAAAAAUAUUGUUUGUAUUAUC